UUCGGGGACAAAUCAUAUACUGAAUGUCAAUAGUACAAAUGAGUUCCUUACGACUGGUUUUUAUUUCCUGUAGCUGAAAUCCAAACAUAUUACCAUAUUGUGCAGAGGCUUCAGGCUGCCACUGCCCCCCUCGACAAUCUACAUUUAUGUUUGGCUGGCAUGGGAAACCGAUACAUAUCGGCGCAUAAUAACAACACCGAUUUUAAGAAUGGAUGUCGACCUUUCAUGAAACCAAUUAAGCCUAAUUGGUCCGCGUAUGCAUGAUUGGAGCAAAGCAAAGCGAGGUUAAACGGUCAAAAUCAAAAUGGGGUUUGUUAUUACUCUACCUACCGUAAGAACGCUACAUAGCCUACAUCACCCAGCAUAGUUAAACAGCUCGACUUCUUAAACUUUAAGAUAUAUUUGUAUAUUAAAUUAUAUUGAUAUAAAACAUAUAGUUAGAGUCGGUGACGAUUUUUUUUUAUAUUUAUAUAUGUCCUUGGUAAAAAUGAGUAAUGCUGUUGGACGAAAUGCAGCGUAAUGGGCAUUUUAGCUCCGAAAUAGUGUCUCAUUCAGACACUGAGGGUUUGCAGCGAGGCUCCACCUUUUCAAGCGGUUCAGUGACCUCAGCAGUGGGCUGGAUUGUAAGGGUGGGAUUUCCAGGCUUUCAGGGAGCUCUGUGUAUCCCUGCCUGCCUGUUUUAGGAUCUAUGCGGCUUCAGCGAUAGCAAAGACGGACUGGUUAAUACCUCACUGGCACAGAAAGGCUCACACACUACACACUGGAUCGUCCUUUUUUUCUACAUGCGACUGCAAUCGGAAUAAAUAAUUGAGGAAUGUGGAAAUUACAGAAUGCCCAACAGCGCUGGAAAGAGAUUUAAACCCACCAAAUACAUCCCAGUGUCCACUGCUGCCACACUCCUUGUGGGAUCGACCACUUUAUUUUUCGUUUUCACGUGCCCUUGGUUGACGAAGGUAAUCUCUCCCGCUGUGCCUCUCUACAAUGGCCUGGUCUUCCUCUUCGUUUUGGCCAACUUCAGCAUGGCGACCUUCAUGGACCCUGGUGUUUACCCCAGAGCCGACGAGGACGAGGACAAAGACGAUGAUUUCCGCGCGCCGCUCUACAAGAACGUGGAGAUCAAGGGCAUUCAGGUCCGGAUGAAGUGGUGCGCCACCUGUCACUUCUACAGGCCGCCUCGCUGCUCGCACUGCAGCGUCUGUGACAACUGUGUGGAGGACUUUGACCAUCACUGUCCAUGGGUGAACAACUGCAUUGGACGGAGGAACUACCGCUACUUCUUCCUCUUCCUGCUGUCGCUGAGCGUUCACAUGGUGGGGGUCUUCUCUUUCGGCCUCAUCUUUGUCCUCCACCACAAAGACAGGCUGGGAGCGCUGCACACCACCGUCACUCUGGUGGUGAUGUGCAUAGCGGGGCUUUUCUUCAUUCCAGUCAUGGGACUCACAGGUUUUCAUAUGGUGCUUGUGGCUCGAGGUCGAACUACCAAUGAACAGGUGACGGGUAAGUUUCGUGGAGGAGUAAAUCCUUUCACCAAGGGUUGCUGUGGCAACGUGGAGUACGUCUUAUGUAGUCCCCUGGCACCCAGGUACAUAUUGGACCCCAGGAAAAAGCCCCACUUCAAAAUUCAGCCCCCCUUCAUCAGACCAGACCUCUCAGACAGGCAAAUCACCAUCAAGGUCAGUGACAACGGUAUCCACGGCACCAUAAUCAGCUCCAAGUCCAAAAGCAGCCUCGACUGUCUGGAGGAGAAGGAAACCCAGCCGCCGCUGCCACCCAAAGCCGACAGGUACAACCACAUGAAAAGCCAGCUGACCUCCAGCGAAGAGAGUUCUCUUUCUGGUAAGACCCACCCAUCCACUCCAGCCAUGUACAAAUUCAGGCCGUCCUUUGGCACCAUGCCUAAAGUCCACUACCACGCUGCUGGAGAGAAGAUAAUCAUGCCAGAUGAACGGAAGACUUCGGCCAUCUUGGAAGAGGGCGUCCGUGGUCAUGACUAUCGAUCAGAGCCAAACUUGGACUUGCCCGAAUACACCAAUGCUCCCCUCCACCGCACCUUCCAGUCCUCUCCUCUCCAGCUGGACUCUGACCCCAUCAACUCCCGCUCCCUCAGCCUGAAGCAGGGUCACCGGCGGCCCGACAAGGGCCAGCUCCCCGUCCUGCCACCCCAGGCGGUUACCUCCACCCCUUACAAGAGUGUCUUUGCUCCAACCACUCUCUCUAACCGUAACGGCAGCCUGUCCUACGACAGCCUGCUCAACCCCAGCAUCUCCCCAGCCACUGCCAGUGAGUGCAUGGCCCACCGUGGCAUGCCCUCCGUCGGGUUCCAUUCGCCCUACCUGCCCACCAAAAUGUGCCACAUCCGGGAGCCUGAAAUUCAGAGACAACAGGUACCCCCUGCCUACAGUCCAGUGAUGGCCCCCAGAGGGGUGGGCAGGCAGUCCCCUCACCCAAGGGACAGGGACCCAUCCCCUGUGCGCUACGACAACCUCUCCCAGAGCAUCAUGGCCUCCAUCCAGGAGCGGAAGGAGAUGGAGGAGAGGGAGAAGCGGCAGAUGCUGCAUGGGCGCUCCCAAACCCACAUCUAUGCUCAGGACUCUGGCGUGUUUGAUGGGGGCUAUGGCCUACCCUCUAAUACCUGCUACGCAGAUGGGCCCCGAGGCCCUGGCUCUAGGGGCCCAACACCUCCGGCGUAUGGAGGCUCUAGAGACAACCUGAUGGGUGUCGGCCUGGUGAGUUAUGGUCAAAGAACACCUGUGCUGCGCCACGCCGGCUCCACGCUGGGCCGCGCCCCCAGGACAUCCUCCACCUCGCUGCACACAGAUCAUAGUAGUACCAACAGCAGCCAGAGCAGGUCCGCCGGCCUCGAGGGCCUCUACCGCUCCCCGGGUCACCAGCCCCACUCUCCUGCUAUGCCCCGGUCCCCCUCUUACUCCCACCAGAAACACUCCUACAUCAGUGCCCUUGAGAGGACAGACUCACCUCGUCUGGGGGGCCCAAGAGAGGCCGUGAAAGUUAACGGGCAGAUGGACUGCCACCCGAGCACCCAGGGUGCCAACCUCAGCCCCAGUCGCCACAGUAACGUCAAAAAGGUGACAGGAGUAGGAGGCACAACAUAUGAGAUUUCAGUGUGAGCAGGGACUCCACGCUGGCCUUCGUCGACAACGCCACCCUGAUACGUAAACGAGAUUCUCUAAUCUCCGCUCAAUAACGGCCAGCCACGGGGCACGCGGGACUGUGUGCGGGUGCGUCCAGCCACAUGCCUGUGCGUGUUUGUACCUGAGGGGUGGGUUGUCCGCUGAUAACAACACGGGCUGUAAUGUAUGUGUGUUCUGCCGUUACGAUUUUUUGUGGCUCAUCGUGAGAGUGGACCGUCCAGUUAGACUGUCAAUGUUGUUACUGUUGUAUCAGCUGUGGUUAUGAAGUGUUGCUCCAAACGUCACACACACACACGCACACACACACACACCAACACACACACUCUGCUCCAGAAAAUGCUGGGGGCUGAACAAAAAGAUGGAUUUAACACCGACAUCCUCACGACGGACUUCUGUGAGGAGACUUUCUUUCCGAGUCAGCUGACCUCAAACAGUCAAGGUGCUUCACAAUAACUUGUACUGUUCGUGUCACCACCGGUGUAUGUGGUGGUGAAAUGAUGUGCAGAAAACGCAAGGUAGAUGAGAGGCUCUUGAGGGGGUCGUCUUCUUAUUAUGUCUGGUGGUUGCAUUCCAAAUUCAUUGAGAAAGGCUUUCUUCUAAUGGUCAGAAAACUUCAUCUUCGCUCUAAAGAUUUUUCUCAGGAGUGAAUGCAACCAGCAGAGAUGCUAGUUGACAUGAAUUCACACAAGGUGAAUGUCUCCUUCUUCAGUCAGUGCAGACUUCUAGGGCUUGAAUAUGGCUUAGUGCCCUUUACUCCCUUGAUAAAGCUACAGUACAUCCACUUUUUGACAAUUUGACAUGACCCAUAAUACGAAUGAUGCGCUCCGAAAGACAAGAAUACCUCAUCCAGAUGGUUCUCAUCGAGUCCAGCCCCACACAACCUAAGCAGACAUCUUCCUCUAAAAGUUGUAAAGAACCAAGUCCUGAGUAGAAACAAAGAUAUCCAGCCAUCUCAUUAUUUUUAUUUUUGAACCGGUUUGUUUCCUUUUUAUAUAACUGACCUUUCAAAAGCUAUGUUUGAUACUUUUUUUUUUAUUAUUAUUAUUACUUAAGCCUGGAAUGGAUGUUUUAAGUGGCGUGUACUAUUCAUAAAUUAACAAAAAUCCAGAAAAUAACCAUGAAUAAUGGGUAAACCCGCAAGUGGAUGGAAGUUGUUCUACCAUGCAAUGUACAAAAAGAUGUUUGAUGAAAUGUAAUUAAUAGAUAGGUGUUGAGGACACGGAAUACUAGUCAUAAUCCUUGACUGGUGAACAGUCCAUGCUGAGCUGUCAACAUGUGCUGCACACAAAGCAUGGAUCGGCCUCUUGCAUAGAAGUUGUCUUGAUAUUUUGGUGCCAACACUGGCUACACACCCUUUAGCUUCAACAAGACAACAAACAGUGAAAAUGCCAAAUCAUUCAACUUGCAGUUGCUGUCUGGUACAGCUGCAGUGUCAUGCUCCACUAUGAGAGCAAAGGUUUGUUUUUGCUGUUAAAUACUGUUAAAUGGGAAGAAAAGUCUAACAUUCACUGCUUUUAACCAGAAACCAAUAACUGAUAAUACAAAGCAGACGAUGGCUUAACAACCUUGAUGUUACAUACAUGUAAAUGAUACAUUUGGUUGCAGAACGUCAAGCUACACUUGCAUUAAGAAUACACCACCGUUGCCUUUUGAGAAGAAAAGCAGUUCCAUACCCAAUGAACUACGGCUGAAACGUUAAGGGACAAUGAAGCUGGUGUUUUAUAUUAAGCAGCAAGUGACACUAACCCAGACUGGGUAAACUUACGACAAGAAAAGGUGACGUGAUCUUGCUUGACAACAGAUUAGUUUUAGGGUUUUUUUCCUCCCGUUUCUGAUACAUUCAGUUUAUUUGUUCCAAGUCACAGCCUAAAGGCCAGUAGCUGUGGUAGAGCCUGCUUUCUGCCAAGGUUUGGUAUCGAGACUUCAAGUGACAACCUUCUGGCGGGCAUGGUCUCUCUGUUGAGGUCUCACCCAGCUGCCUUACCUUACCACGAGGAAAGUAACACAAAACUCUUGUUUCAAGUCAUGUAUUUCUGAAAUGUUAAAAAAAAAAUAUUUAAGACUGUGGUAUACAGGGCUAGCUUUCUGGCAAAUCUGAUGGGGAGGACCAUCAGUGAAAAAGCAAACUUGAACAUCUCAUACCAGAAUAAACCCUAAGCUGCUGAGAGUCUCAAAAACCCUUCCAUCUGUCGUAGCUCUCAGAGCGCUGUUUGACCACAUAUUAAUAUGCUCUCGAUGUCAUUCCUCUUUAAGAUGACUGCCAUUAGUCCACUGUUCUAUUUCUGGGAUGGACAUCACUGCAGGUCAGGGGCCAUUCCUGACAGUCAGCAAUGACUCUGUUCAGCCAUGAGCUGAUUUCUGAAACUCAAAUACAAAGUUCAAUAUGUAUUAAAAUAUAGAAUAUACUAUAACUGUACAUGCGUUCCUAUUUUUGUGAAGAGGAAAUAUUUCCCAAUGACCUGAGCAGAGUAAAUAAAGUUUCCACCUCUUUGAGUGAA